CAAAAUCGGUCGGUUCAGCUGGUUUCUCAUCGCUUGUUUGAGUUUGUCUCGUCGUCCACUGAUAGCGAAGUCGUACCCGCUCUACACUCCGCUAUUUGCUUUGUUCGCGCCACCCUUUCACUUUCUCUCGAGAGAUUGUCAAGAGAAUUUUAUUUUCUGAAAUUAUAGUCACGAUGUAUUGCGCUCAGUGGCUGAUCCCAGUGUUGCUAAUUCCGAAACACUGGCUACAUCCGUUGUUUCUUGUUGAGCAGGCAUUGUUCAUGUGGUUUUACAUCAUUGCCUUUUUCUUAGAGCGCAGACCUUGUCACAUAUGCUCGGCCAUAUUCUUCAUCGCUCUAGGUUUGCUCUGUUGGACCGAUCCAGAUACUUGUAUUUUUUGGCCUACCUGUGAUCGCAAACUGAAUGGGGAGGUCUGCUCCUAUGUUUACAAGAAUGAGCUGGCCGGCCGGAUAUAAAAUAACAUCUAGUGCUUGUGUGCUUCAAAACAUCAUAGCAAGCCUUAUGUGAUACGGUUUUUUUACGGGCAAUAAUGACGGUAGCUUUUCUAGUUAUUAUUAGACGUUCGUUGUUUUUUUUUCUAGAGUUUUAAUUCAGUUCCAAACUAUAAAUGUAUGUGAUUGACCAUCCACUCAUUGGUUCCUCUGUAUCUACAUAUGUCUCUUUUGUCGUUCACUCAUUGAUCAUUGCGUAGAAAGUUUAUUGUUGCAUAUAUUGCCCAUAACUCUUCCCUUCCAAAGUCUUGUGUUCUUCAAAACACUUUCCUCAGUAAUUGAUGGAUCUAAUACUACCACAUCUUCAUUUAUUAUGCCAUAUUCAUCGUCUAAGCACAGGAUAUUGUACUAGAUCGCCGAA